AUGGCGAGACAAACUAACUUUAUUCAUUCCCUAGGGGCUGUUUCCCAGAGGACUGGUGAUAAAACUGCAAGAGCGAUCCCUCUCUGUCUUCCUAACAAUUAUCAGUGGGAUUCUAAGGCUCGUCAAUGUGUUAAAACCAAUGAAAUUCGUUCUUCAUUGUGUGUGGUUGAAGAGGCACUUGAGGAGCUGAGGACAGUCAGAGGUAUAGGCCCAUGCUUUGUCCUGAGAACAGGAAAUAAAAAAUUAUGUGUAGUAGAUUUCCAGUUCAGAUACACUGUUGUCAUGCGUAAUGAAAUUAAUGAUGGCCAGCGUCAUGUAGACGACUUUCAUAACUUUGUGGCCUAACUAGUGCUAUCCUUCCAUGUGAAUGUAAGCCAGGCCAGGCCUCGUCACUAUGAAUGGAAUGAAUUUAGUACCAGUUUAAAUUAAGAUUCAAGGGGCUUACUCAAAUGAAAGAGGUCUAUUUUAUUAAGUAAAGUAAUACUGUAAGCUCAGUAGGUCGCUAGUUCUUUAAAAAAUCAAUCACAAAACCUCACGACUAAACGAAAAAAAAAAAAAAAAAAAAAAAAACGAAAAACGUAACGAAAGGAAAAGGAGAAAAUACACAAAAACUGUUGAGAGGUUUACCAUUGACUUGCAUGAAGACUUAAAGCGAAUCAGGCUGCGCCCUAUUUGAAUUUUUAAGGGAACAAUUUCACUGUUAUGACAGAAAGUCUAGAAAAAAAGUUGAAACAAGAGCUACCAUGUGCGUGUCUGUAUAUUGUUUAUUUCACUUCAAUCUGAAUUUGAAGCCUAAUGUGGUUUAGUAAGUUUUGAUAGACGGCAAUCAAAUUAAUCUUUUCACCUUGCUCUGUAUAACAGGCCCAGUGUGCACCGUUGCUGUCGCUGGUCCUUUACGGAAAGGAAAGUCUUACAUUUUGAGUGAGGCUUUUGAUCAACCAGAGGUAUUCCCUCUUGGACACGAAUUUGAUCCGGAGACCAUGGGAAUCUGGAUGUGGAUCGUGCCAGAGAAAUAUAAGGUGCGAAACUUAGCAUUGAGAAAUUUAUUUACUAUAAGCCACAGUAUAUAAGAGAUCGAAUAUCCUGUACAGUAUAUCAAAUGAAGUGACUCACAAGUCUAUUUUGCUUGAAUACGAGUCAUAUUUUUCCUUGUAAGCACCCUUGAUGUUCAUAAGGUGGAAGAUCAGACGUUUUAUUUUUUUUUUUUUUAUCUGCAAUGAUGACAAUUAGCAUUCAGCGCGUAUUAGCAAAGUUGUUAUCUUUUUCUCGUGACUGUGUGUACGAUAAACCUGUUGAAAAGUCCGAAAGCUCUGAAACAUUAAAGAGUGCUACAGAUUAAGGUGAUAUAUGGCAUCACUCCCUUUCUCUCCUUUUUAAGAAUUGAUAUACAACUGUUCUCGAUAGAAAUGUGGAGUGAAAGUGAUAUCUAAAAUACUUUAAAUCUGAUUUAAAGUAUUUUAGAUAUCACUUUCACUCCACGAGAACAGUUGUAUAUCAAUUCUAAAAAAGGAGAGAAAGGGAGUGAUGCCAUAUAUCACCUUAAUCUGUAGCACUCUUUAAUGUUUCAGCUCUGUGUUUUAUUACUUCGACGGUUCCGCUAGCGUGUUUCAAAUAACAAAAAUGGGCAAAAUGAAUGACUGCAUUUUUCGGUUGCGUCACGGUAAAAUUUUACCCGAUCCUCCUAUAAGGCUAUGUGAUAUUCUCAUGACCCUCUUCAUCUUAAAUGGCUGUAAAUAUUCUAUAUGCCCCCUUUAUACUCAUUUGGUGACUACUGAUCCUCAAUCCGUUCCCACUGAAAACCGUGUGAUACCCAAAAAUUCAGCACCCAUCCCCCGUGCGAAAUAAAUGAAUAAUGAAUAGUGACUGGUCUCUUACCUGAUUUAGGACUUAAAAGGCCAGGAAGUCACAGUGGUGCUGUUGGAUUCAGAGGGUGUUGACGCUGCUUUCAGUGAAGGUCGUGACGACAAUCAGAUAUUUACUUUAACCGUUCUGUUGGCUUCCGUGCUCAUUUAUAACUCAAGUGGUGUUCCCACAAGGAGUGAUCUCGAUAGUCUGCAGUAUCCUUACCAUAUCAAGCAUACUAGUUUGUUGUAACAUGGCCUCAACGGUUCCUAUUAGUAUGCGCUCUUCACGGUCCUUUUUUCUCUCGUCCAUAACCUAAGGAUCAAUGGGUGUUAAUAAAUACAUGGUAAUCCUGUUAGCGAAAGAAUUGUUAACAGUGCACGACUCAUGGAAGCACGGGUUCGGAUCUUGAAUUUUUUUCAGGUUUCCUUUCAGCAAUUGUUUUAAUGGAAGCUUAUUUGCCAAGACUGAUUUUCACUCUGCAUAUCAAAUGAUAUCAUAAAUUUCGAUUCAUUACAUGAAUAAUAGAGGAAUAAUAAUAAAGGAAUACUUGACGCAAGACGAAACGUAGAGAUGAAGAGAUUGAAAGGUGAAAAUGUUCAAAUUUUGAUUUGGGCUCUUUACGGAUUACGACAAAUAAAAUAUGACUUUGAUUACUUCAGUCCCAAUCAAUACUCCUGGAUUUUCUUUAAAGUCAAUUUAGCUUUAUCUCAAAGCUGUCUGAACGAAUCCAUGCAAGAUCUAACUGGAAAGAGACUGAUAAGAAAAAAGAAGAAGAGUUCUUACACAGAACGUUUCCUUUCUUUAUUUGGUUGCUGAGAGAUGUAGCGCUCUCCAUUCCACGCGACUGUAGAGACAUCAAGGAUUACUUCUUGAAAAAGGUUAAAAUCCAAAACAAGGUCAAGACGCCGUCUGAAAAGGUCGCAAAUGGAGGGGGAUACUAAAGCCAAAUAAAUGAUUUUUUACACAGGUCUUCCGUCAGGACGCUUCCCGAAGUAGGAGUGAAAAUGGUGAUUAUGUACCAGAUGUAGCCAAGGACAUCUUGAGGUUCUUUCCUGGUUUUGAAGCGUUUGCCCUAUCCCCUCCCUCAACUGAUCUAAAUGUGUUAAAAAAUCUUAACACGAAGAAGGAUCAAUUACAGCCUCAAUUUUUGAGUGAAUUAGAGCAGAUUAAGAAGAGGAUAAAGUCCAUGCUGGUCCCAAAACACAGCUGCACUGAAGGAGAGCUUAUAACUGGGGAAGGUACGUGCUUUCGCCUUAACCCAAAUUCUUUUGGUGCCAAUAAUACCCAUUCCUAUCCUACCAUUACUCCCUUUCACGACGUUAUGUAAUAAUUUAAGAAAAAACCUUGUCAGAUUGUGCAAACUUAAAGGAGCAUCUCAUUACUGAAUGCUGAGUACUAAAUGUUUUUCAUUGCAUAGGUCUUGCCGCCCUGAUCACCCCAUACGUUUAUGCCAUCAACACUCCUGGUGUUGUUCCAAAUGUACAGGACGAGUGGGAUCUGCUAGUACAAAACAAGUGCUCAGACACCAGAAAGAAAUGUCAACAGAAAUAUAACGAGCUUAUGGCCUUAAAAGCCCUACAACUGCCAUGUGAUAAUGCUGAGAUACGUUGGUGUCACAACUCCGCAAUGGAGAAAGCUGAAGAACUGUUCAAGGCGGAAAUGUCUGGCAUUUCAAUUACCACGGUGGAGAAGCAUCUGAGGCAACUGAAGGUGAAGGUUAAGCAGUAGCUAAGAUACUUAUUUUCAAAGGCCAUUUCUUUUGCGUUCUCCACAAAGAUGGUCCGUAAGUCUCUGACUUGAAAGGCUGUUUCCAACAGUAAAAUCGUUGCUGAAGGUAGCAAGCUGAUACAACAUCAGUAAUUGAUAGUUUACGCAAAGGGACUAGUCUAAUGUCAUCAGCCGCAGGGACUUGUUGUAGAGACUUUUCUGGCAACCAGUGCUUUUAUUCUCCUAGUAAACCGAUGGUGAAUUUAUCAUUCACUCGUUAAAGAAAGCAAGAUAUUAAUUUUGUUCAAAAGAAAGAGCUAUCCUCUAAGUUUCUUCGCAAUUUAAUCUCUUUUAGGUUGGUUGAUGAUAUUAUCUUCGAUUGAAUUCUUUUUUCUUUCUAUAAAUUUCAUUCUUAGAGUUUUUUCGAGAAAAGGUUGAACGAAUUGAAGACUAAGAAUUCAAGGUUAACAAGACAAUUUUGUGAUGAUCUCCUGUUACAACUAAAAACAAAACACCUAGAUCCGGUCAUUGAGCAGCUUCAAGGAAGAGAAGAUUCGAAAUUAUCAUUCGAUGACAUCUUGAGCGUUUACAGGCAUAUCAAAGAUGACUAUGAGGCAGAAGCAAGGGGUGCUAAAGAUGCCAUUGCUGAGGCGUUCUCCGACUUUCAUCGCGUAAGACGUCAUAAUUGUAUUCUGAUCGUUCUCCAUAUAUUUAAGAUUGAUCCUGUGUUUAUAUGUUAACAGAGAAAUUUCCUCUAGUCACCAGUUAUUUUCAAAUGGAUGGGCUUGGCAAAUGAUGUCCUGAACAUGUUUGGCUUGUGAUUAAAAUUCCUUAGAAAUUCUCACGAUAUUUCCAUACUUACAGAUACUAGCUGAGGAUGCAAAACACAACCGUGAUAAGCUGAAACAACUGAAAGAUUUUGACCAAAGAGCUGCAAAGGAAAUAGUAGCAGAAGCUUUCAUAGAGCGAAAAAGGAGACAGGUUGAGGUACGUUAUACACACACGUUUGUAUUAUGACAUUGUCGUGGGAGAAAAUUUGAAAUGUAGCGGUGAAGGGGGUUGGAUACAUACAUACAAAAGCGGUACGUUUCCAUGACACUAAAAUCUGAAUAGGUACCAAUCUUGCUUUUAAGUUUAUUCUUGAGGUCUGCCGGUUUGCCUUGUCGUAGUGUAUUCAUGACUCGAAAGAUAAGACAUCCAAAACUGCCUACUUUGUGCUAUGUUUUUCAGGAAGACAAAGCUGGUUUACUGCAAGAAAAUCGAACAAUGGAAAAGGAGGUAUUCAUCUUCGCUACAUUUUCUAGUUCCCUUGUGGAAGAUGGAAGAAAAAAAACAAUGUCAAAACCUACAAAAUAAUGCACCCUCCCCAUUUUCACUUUCAAUUUUGGAUAAUAACAACAUACCUUUUCCUCACUAAUGAAAUAGUCUCACUUUAUCUUUGCAUAGUAAUGAAGGGGUGAAUUGCGCACAGAGCAAAGUUUUUCAACCCUUUUAAGUUAAGCUAUAUUUUUUUGUUGUUGUUGUUCUCGUUGUGCACUCAGAAAUACGAUAUUCUUUGUUUUUGUUCUGUUAAGACGCAGAUGCUGAUUGACAGAUCAGAAAAAGAGAGAGCUGGAAUGCAAGUGCAAAAGGAAGAAAUGAUGAAAAAGGAGCGCGAACAAUUGCAGAAUAUGAAGCAGGCAGGCCUGGUAGAUGCCCAGGAGCAAAGAGAAGCCUACAUCAAAGAAAACCAGGCCAUUGGUGAGGAACACAUGGAAAUGAUGAAGAGCAUUUUAGAAAUGAUCGCUGCAAACCAAAGGGAGAACAAGCAGCUUCUUGAACAAAUGAAGACACUUUCACCUGAAGAGUUCAAAGAGUCAGUGAAGGAGCUAGAAAGAAGGCAAUCAGAAAGUGUAAAUGCGCUCCUGAUGAAAAUGGAAGCUCGUGUGGGUGGCAUAAAAUCAAGCGGCGGGGAAGACUUUAACACCACAACAAAAGACGAAGAAUGUGCUAAAAAGGAGGAGGAUUUGCUAGGCAUGAUGACUUCGAGGGCACAAACCGCUGGGGAUCUACACCAAAGGUUGGUAGAAAAUGAAAGAGAUCAAAGUGAUCUCAGAACGGGUGAAAUGUUGAAGAAAGUUCUCAAGUUCAUCGAAGAUGUUGCACCCGUGGUUGGCAAAGUAGCAGCUCUUCAUCCAACAUGUUCACCUUAUGCUAUGCCAGUGGCCUCAGCCGUGAAAAGCAUCGCCCAAGCUAUGCAGUCUCUUGACUGCAGUAUCAUGUAACUAUUGUCUCUAGGAGAUUUCUUUUGCGGAAACAGAACGUGGGCUAGAAGCUAAAUGUUACGAAACUGUGUUUGGGAUUUCAUUAAAGUAACCAGUGACCAUUAUAUAGAAUUUAUAGGGAAGAGAACAGCAGUACGUUCUUUUAGGGUCUUG